UACAGUAGUACUCAACACUGAUUACUGUCAGACUUCCAAAAUCCUUUAUCACUUGAAUUAAGAUUAUAAUAAUUUAAUUUUAAAGUACAGCCACCACAAAAUCAGACUUUAGCACCUCUUUUUACUUUGACAUCAUUCUGAGGUUAAAUGCAGAUUUAAAAUCAUAACAAGAAAGAGUUUAAUAGCUAUGAUACUGGUUUUGAAAUUAAAUCUUUGCAUAGCUAUGACAGGAAACACUGGCAUCUAACAAUGCCUUGGAAAAAGCUGUUUAUCUUAAAAUAUAAAGCAAAUGACAAAUUAAUAUUAUUCAACGUAUUCAAGCUUUUUACAGAAAAUAUUCUGAUGUAACCCCCUUUGUAAUUGUAACAGAAACUAAUUUAAUUACACAUUUUUUCUCAAUAACUGGAACAGAUUACAGUUACAUUUUGUCAUUAAAUUAUGUAACACCGUAACAUGUAACUAGUUACUCUCCAACACUGUUCAUGACAAUAUUAAAACAUUAUUUCCAUUAUAAAAUGCAGUUUUUUUAUAAUCUGCAGAGAUAAUCUCAAGUUCAAGGUGCAAAGUUCCUAUUUGACUACCUUCACAACACUUCUGUUGUGCAGCCUCAGUGAAGGUGUCAGUCACUGUGCUCACACUUCCUGUAACAUUCAAAUUCAAGAACGCUGUGCAUCGCUAACCUCCACCCAAGAAAUGUGUUUGAAGAAACUUGUUGCUGUGUGCUGAUGGUCUACAAAAAUAAAAAAUGAUGUGGAACAAUACCUGUAAAUCAGUCAAUAAGGACUUUACACACAUAUUUUUACCCACAGUAUAUGUGGCUGUUUUUACCCUAGGACUUAUUGGCAACUGUUUUGGGCUGAAAUCUGUGUAUGAUAACUGGAGAAAAAUAGGUAAUGUAAAUAUCUUUGUCCUAAACCUAUGCCUGGCGGACAUUUUGUACCUGUUCACUUUGCCUUUUUUGAUGGCUUACUAUGCAUACAAGAGUGAAUGGAUAUUUGGAGAUGUUUUCUGCAAGAUUGUACGAUUCUGUUUCUUUAUCAACCUAUACAGCAGUAUUGGCUUCCUCACGUGCAUCAGUGUUUACAGGUAUCUUGGCAUUGUCCACCCUUUGAGAGUUAAAGGCAGAAUUACCACAAGACACUCUGUGAUGAUUGUUUUCCUGGUUUGGAUUUGGGUUUUUCUUCAAUGUCUGCCUGACAUGUUCUUUGUAAAAACCUCCAGUAACAAAGCAACAUGUUUUGACACAACUUCAAACCAAUAUUUAAAGGAUUACCUGAAGUACAGCAUUGGAAGGGCCGUUGUUGGAUUUUGGAUCCCUUUGCUAAUAAUGCUUUGCUGCUAUGGACAUGUAGCUUUCACUCUGAUGGCAAAGAAAGACACAGACGUCAUCUUAAAGUUGAGAUGCCUUAGGCUGGUUGUGAUCCUGACCUUGCUGUUCUCCAUUUGUUUCAUUCCCUAUCAUAUUUUUAGAAAUAUCAACCUGGUAACUCGGAUCUCCAAGUUGGAGGGCACAUGUCAGAGAUGGUAUUCCAAUGCUUACAUUGCAAACCAGGUUGGUAAUGGGUUGGCAUGUAUGAAUAGUGCAAUCAACCCACUGGUUUAUCUCUUUAACAGCGAUGAACUGCUGAUGAAAUGUUUUAUAAAGUGUGGACGAACCCGCCAAUCUGCUGCUGUCUCCCUUGCGGAGGAGUCACCCAUAUAACAAUGUAAUGGGAAAAGAAGAGAACAUGGCUAGGAAAUCGGAUCCAGUUUAAUUACGUAUGAAUGGAGAUUCUUUGUAUCAUAAAUUUCCUUUUUUUACUUGCCUUGAACACAUAACUGUUUAUCCUGACUUUUAGCAGUGAAUGAAUGUGAUUCUUAUCUCAUGCAUCUUGGCUGUUCUUGUGGUUGUUUUUUUGUUUUGUUUUUUCUUUCUAUUUCAGUAUGUACGUCUUGUGACAGGAAAUAUAUUUUUUUAAUGACUCAAGUUUAUUCUGAGAAACAGUUUUGUGGUUUUUCUGAUUGUGUUUCAGUUCAUAAAGUCAUUUUUACACAGUAAACUUGGUUGGGUAAAUUUGCCUAAUUUGGCAACAAUAACAUGAUUUUAUUUUUUUGUCAAAAACAUUAUUUAAUGUUACUAAUGUAACCUGACCACAAAUAUGAGUAAUUUUUAAGGGUUAAAUCAGAUAAAAAUAGCUCCUUAUAUUGAAACUGUGGUACAUUUGAAUUAUGAAUCAAUAAUUAUACCUAAACA